CUUCUUGUUGAAGACCGUGCGACACUACAUCAUGAAAAUCAAGCUCUCAUUCGGUGAAAUCGUUGACAAAGCCAGCAUCUUGCAAAUCAAGGCGGAACGGAUAUACGACCCCGACAAGGUCGCGAAUGUGAAGAGAGAGCUCGAGGCGCUUACUCAGACUUGGUCCGAGCACGGACUGGUCGAUAUGGAGACCGUCGAGGAGUGGGCGCCCCUGCUGGAGGUCAACCGGGCGAUGUGGUCCGUGGAGGAAGACCUGCGCGCCCACGAGUCGAGGGGAGACUUCGGUGACCGGUUCGUCUCUUUGGCGCGGGCGGUCUAUCGUCUCAACGAUCACCGAACUGCGCUGAAACGCGCGGCUAGUCUUCGCCUGGGCCCUGGGAUCAAUCCAAAUAGAUCAGUGCCCGAUUAUAACACUACAAAACAAGUGCUUACCGAGCUUGGUCUAUCCGACGUGACGGGGUCACCAAUGGAAAUCUCCAGGAAAUGCGAACUGAGUGGGAGGAGGUAUGAGAGAGUCUCUCACCUGAUGGACUGAUCGUACAACCCUUUCCACAAGAAACGUUAAGGAUCUUUUCAAAUUGCCACUUGUGUGGUGGUUUGUACAUGGCAACGAAUGCGUUGGACAAGUUUUGCCUACCACCUUGGUGGAUAUUUGUUGGGCUACUAAAUCCAGAGAACUUUAGAAGAACUAUAUUGGCGGCAAUUGUUACAGGUACAACGUAUGGUAACUUGUACUAGCUUUCAACGAAGUCAAAUCCAACAAUAGAUGCACAUUAUAGUUGAUUAGACAUUUAUCUUAUAAGCUGCAUUACUUUUCUCUUGCCUGGAGAAUGUUCAUACAAUUCGCCCUCGGGCAUGAUUUUACAAAAGAAAUUCAAACAUAUUGAUAACAGUAUGCUGCUUAAAAAAGUCUGGCAUGGUCUCACUUUUGCAAGCCGUUGUACAUAAUUUGACCAACAUAUAGAUAUAUGAAUUACAAUUAACAUGCUUAACAUACUUAAGGUUUCUUAAUAAAUGAAUGAACAGACAGUAGACUCAAACGCUCUACCCAGAUGUUUAUUCACGAUGUCCAUCAUGAUGUCGCAAUACAUAAUGUCAUUGUAUCAUAGCCAAAUCUCUUUAAGGAACACGUCAUUUGGACUCAUCUUAAAAUGAAUAUAUA